AUUACAAAACAAUAUCUUAUUUGAGGUUAGCAGAAUCGUAUAAUUAUUAUUUGAUAAUAAUUCAUAACAAGAAAAUGAGACGAGAAGCGCAAUUUUAAGGUUUCAAAUUAAACUUAUUGGUUUAUACGUAUUUAUUAUCACAAAACUUAUCUUGAACUUGUAAAAUGUAAAAGUCAGUAAAUAAUAUCUGUAAAAUUUUAAUAUGGAUUCUAAGUAUGCCUCAUUUGGUAAGGAAAAGCAGCCAACAAACCAUUUUGAAGUUAAGGCCAAGAGGCUCAAGCUGUGUUUGGCUAGUAAAAAGAUAUCCAAUGAAAAAGAACAAAAUCCAAAUUCAUGUAAUGGGCAUAUUGAUGUGAUUAAAAGUAAUAAUAAGCAAAAUAAUGUGUCUGAAAAUAACAUUCAAGAAAUACGAAAAUCUCUACCUGUGUACUUGGUUAGAGCGAGAAUAUUAGAUGAAAUAAGAAAGCAUCCAACCAUGAUAUUAAUAGGAGAAACUGGUAGUGGUAAAACAACACAAAUACCACAGCUCAUACAUGAGCAGCGGAUAGAGGGGGGUGCUGCAAUAGCUGUCACACAACCUCGCAGAGUUGCAGCAAUAACUCUGGCACAACGAGUGGCAGCAGAGAUGAACACUGAUAUUGGAUCUAUUGUUGGUUAUUCAGUACGUUUUGAAGAUGUUACUAGUCACCGAACUAAAGUCAUCUAUUUAACUGAUGGAAUGCUAUUAAGAGAAGCAAUUGUUGACCCAUUACUUAUGAAAUAUUCAGUUAUUAUAUUAGAUGAGGCACAUGAGAGGACUGUCAACACUGAUGUACUUUUUGGAAUUGUUAAACUGGCACAAGAAGAAAGAAAGUCUAAGUUAAAUAAGCUAAAGGUCAUUAUAAUGUCUGCUACAAUGGAUGUAGAUACAUUUAGAAACUAUUAUGAUAACUGUCCUGUAAUUUAUUUAGAAGGAAGAACAUAUCCGGUGACAAUAUAUCAUUCAAAAAUGAAACAAGAUGACUACCAGUAUGCUGUUGUUUGUGCAAUUUUUCAGCUACAUGUAACAACACCUGCUAAUCAUGAUUUUUUAGUGUUUUUGACUGGACAAGAGGAAAUUGAAACUGUCACAGCCAAUAUUAAACAAAUUGCAAAAGAAUCACCCGGACCACAGAUAAGAGUCUGUCAAUUGUAUGCAGGUCUACCAGCAAGUAAACAGUUAUUGGUAUGGAAGACUUUACCACCAGGAAUUCGGAAAAUUGUGUUAGCUACGAACAUAGCUGAAGCCUCAGUGACAAUACCACAAAUAAAGUGUGUGAUUGACUCAGGAAUGGUCAAACAAAGGACGUGGUGUACGGCGAGCGGCGCGGAACGUCUGCGCGUGUCUGCGUGCUCGCGGGCCGCGUGCUGGCAACGCGCGGGGCGUGCGGGACGCACCGCGCCCGGCUCCGCCUACCGCCUGUACACGCACGCGGACUUCCUGGCGCGACCGCACCACAACACGCCCGAGAUACUACGAUGUCCGCUCGCUUCAACUAUCUUAAUGUUAUUAGCGACAGGAAUGGAUCCAGCUACCUUUCCACUUAUCGACUCGCCCCCCAAAGAGGCUAUAGAAGCUUCCUUGACAAUCUUGAAAGAACUAGGAGCGAUUGACAGCGAAAACAGUGGCAAACUCACUGUGCUCGGUAAGAAGAUGACGUCAUUUCCGAUUGACCCGAAAUAUUCUAAAGUCAUAUUAGGCGCAACAGAAUAUGGAUGCUUAGAUGAGGCUUUGAGCCUUGUCGCCGUUAUGUCCAGUGAAAAUGUGUUUCACACGCCAUUACACAAGAGGGAGGAAGCCCUUAAAGUGAAACAAAAGUUUGUAUCGUCGUUCGGAGAUCACAUUACAUUACUAAAUGUAUUCAAAGCCUUUUGUAAGGCGCCCCUGAAAAAGCAAUGGUGUAAAGAGAAUUACUUGAACCAUAAAAACUUGUCCUACGCAUCGGAUGUCAGGCAUCAGCUACUUAUGAUCUGUCAGCGAUAUAAUAUGGAAGUAAUGAGCUGUGGAAAUAAUGUAGAGCAGCUUCUAAAGUGUCUCCUGAGCGGUUUAUUCACGAACUGCGCGUGGGCUCGCGGCGCGGGCUCGGCGUCAGGGUGGGGUGCGAGUGCCGGCGUGCGGUACGUGACGGCGUCGGGCGCCAGUGCGGGCGUGCACCCGGCCUCCGUGCUGCACGCCACUCGCCCGGCCCCGCCCGCGCUGCUCUACACCGAGCUGCUGCACACAGCCCGCACCUACCUGGUCGGCGUGUCGGCCAUCCAGCCGCACUGGCUGCACCAGGUAGCGCCCGACUACGCGCGCCGCUCUCGCUUCAAUCGGUGACAACCGACUACACGCUUUACAUACGAACUGUGGCGAAUAAAUCAUACCGCAUGUUAUAAUAUUUUACUUAUUAAUGACAUGUUAGAAAUAUUAAAACCAAGUGUUUUUUAUUACUAAUGUAAUACUUUUGUAUUGUCUAUAGAAGUAAUUAAGUUUGUAAAUUGUUCUGAUUUAUUAUGUUACUGACCAAACCCGAUUUGAGGGCAAACUUGUUUUUCCUAGGCCAAAUUAUUUCAUCCUUCAGGCGAUAGGAUAAACCGGUACAGACUAGGUAAAACUAGUUUCUUCUAUCGGCCUCUGGUCAAACCCGUUUAGCCUAAGCUGAGCCAUUAAUCAGAGAUCAUAGAUCAUUUAAUUCCUCACUCCACAUUCGUGUCAGGAUACAGGGUUGUUUUUCUUGAAGCGCUUGUCUAUAAUUGUUUUUGGAGACAUUCUCAAUUUUGUAACAUCUAGUUAAAUACGCUAGUAGUGUUCUUGUGGCCAAUCAAUACGGUUGUAUGGUCGCACAUUAUUAUGACAACUGAAAGCAUCAAGCAUAACGGUUAAAAUAAAUACCAGAGACUAUACCUCCAUAAUAACCGCAAGUAUAGUUAGUGGUAUCGCAAGGAACUUCGUUACCACAAUAACCGUGGACGCGUUAGGUACUGGUCUCUCCCGGUGUUCGCUAUUAUAAACUACCCAUGUCAUACAUUGAAAACACAACGAAAAAAUAUGAACAAAAUACAAAAUACAAACAAGGAAGUUAGUAUCAUACAAAAAAAAUAUGUAUUGCUUUCACUAUACCUUACAUUAUCAAUAACUUGUAAUUCCUCUAUUGUUGUGAGGGAACUAUUGAUAACUAACCAUCAGUUUACUUCCGAACUCGUUUAUUGUUCUUUCUAUUUCGUUAUAAAUUCAAAUUCAUUGUAUAUGUUGCCGGUAAUAUGUAUAAUUCAGGCAUUCUGUACAAUACCCAGGCAAUGUAUGUGAAAAGUGAAUAAUUUAUUGAUGCUUAUCAUAAUUCAUCUAGUUAAUGUACACAAUUCCUAAGAAUUGUAUUAAAUACUAUUUAUUUUAUAUUUUUUGUUACUUUGUCAUAUAAUAUGUCCCUACUGAACUCGGUAUUGUUUUGUAGUUUUUUUUUAAUUUGUUUCAAAGUAACUCGACAAUAUUGUAAAGUUAAACUCAAUUAAAUCCUUCCCGUCGCGAUUCUGCUAUUAUUUCAGAUCUGUAUUUCGUCAUUUAUCUAAAUAAAAGAGAGGAUCUCUUAAAGUCAAGUUUAAAAAAUGCACCAUAUUAAGCGCUCAUUUCUCUUAAAGUGCUACACAAAUAUUACUAUUCAAAAUAUAGUAAUAUUUUUAGUAGCAAAUAGUUUUUGAAAUUUUAAAAUAAUCACAAUUUGUUUCUCGCCUAUUGUACACAUUACAUUUACUGAAUACCCAAUUUGAUAUUGUAUAGAAAAUUGGCGAAGUGUAAAAUUUAUAUAAUAAUAAUAUUUCUGCUAAGGUAUUAUUGGUAACAUAUAUAAUAAUAUAUAAGGAUAAUUAAUGUUGUUAAAAAAUCAAAUGGUGCUAGUUUUUUACGAUAAUUGUGUAAACAUUCUUAGGAGUAAUUUAAACACAAGUAUAAACUCUUAAAAACAAAAUUGUGUAAUUAUACAUUAUGUAAGUGUUAAUAAUUUCUCAUAAAAUUUUACAUUAUUUAGAAUAUACUAUACUUAUUAUAUAUUUCUGAUAAUAAUAAUAAGUCGAGUAGUGAACGGUACCAUAGUAAACAUAUUUUUCAAUUGCAGUAUUUAUAAGUACAUAAAAAUAAAAUAUAUAUAGGUCUUUUAACCCGGUAAACGCUCAUAAUUACUUAUAAUAAAUAAAUAAGACUAAACAAUGAUAUGUGUCGUCAUCGUGAUAUUACAAUUUCACUAGUGAUAUUAUAAUAAUUUACCGGUAGAUUGUUAGUUGACUUCAUUUCUUAUAAUAUAACGGUCUGGUUUAAAUCACAUUGUAAUGAUUGUAAUACAAUAUCACUAUCUACCUAUAGUGUACCUGUGAGUGUGAUAUUACAAUGUCACUAAAACCAGGCCGUUAAAUUGUAAGAAAUGAAGUCGAUUGACAAUGUAGCGGUAAAUUAUAAUAUCUUUUUUUUUAUGGAAUAGGAGAACAAACGAUCGUACGGGUCACCGGUUAAGUGAUCACCGCCGCCCACAAUCUCUUGCAACACCAGAGGAAUCACAGGAGCAUUGCCGGCCUUUAAGGAAGGUGUACGCGCUUUUUUUUGAAGGUCCCAUGUCGUAUCGUCCCGGAAACACCGCACAAGGAAGUUCAUUCCACAGCUUUGUAGUACGUGGCAGAUAGCUUCUUUAAAACCGCACUGUGGAGGACCGCCACACAUCCAGUCUAUCUAUCCAUCAUCACUAGUGAAAUUAUAAUAUCACGGCCUCCACAACAUACCUGCGACAUAUUAUUAUGCACUGAUAUUCAAGUUCAAAAUAGGAUACGAACGCGAGUAUGGUUUUGGGAGUCUACGGGGUUAUAAGUUAAGAUUAAAAACAAUAAUGACUGCAAAGUGCAACGUAAAACACUUUACUAAUAUAUAAUUAAAAAGUUGAAUGAAUUUGUAUCUUUUAAAAAAAUAUUUUUUGAGUUGUGUUUUAUUUCUGUGUCAACGACGAAUAAAGUCAUACAUAAUGACGUAUUUUAAUAAAUAAAAGUUUUUUAAUAUUUAAA